UAUCAGAGCAAACACAGAUAACCUACCUAAUGUAGCGCUUUAUCUUAUAGAUAACAAAAUAGCUAGCCAGUUACAAUACGAUCGAGUUUGCGAAUGGACAACGUUAUUGCUACGAAAUUUUAAAAAAGUGAGGUGAAUUAGUGCAAUGGCGGUUGGAAAAGGUGAAGGCAAAGGCCCGGGAGUCGGCAAAUUGGAGUCACAGAUCUACUGCAUCAAAUAUACGCUCUUUUGCUUCAAUGUCGUACUAUGGUUGUUCGGCAUUUCAAUAUUCGCACUAUGCCUAUGGAUCUGUAUAGAACCUGGAUUUAAUGAAUGGAUGCGAAUUUUGGAGCUUCAGAAAUACUUCAUUGGGAUCUAUAUAAUCUUGAUUGGCUCGCUGGCCAUCAUGGUGGUUGCGUUCCUGGGAUGCGGAGCGGCGCUUAUGGAAAACAUCAUGUUACUUUAUGCGUACAUAGGAUCGCAAAUCGGUGCAUUCGUUUUCGGGCUGAUCGGCUCGUGCGUGGUGCUGGACUUCUCCACAUACGACUCUAGCAUUCAGCCCCUGAUCAAUGACGUCAUCGUGCGUCUCAUGAACAACCCGCAGCACGAGGGCAGCAGGGAGAUCCUAAGGAUGGUACAAGAAGGGAUCGGCUGCUGCGGCUCCGAUGGGCCGAUGGACUACAUAAAUAUGCGCAAGCCUCUGCCAGCAGAGUGCCGUGACUCGGUCACCGGCAACGCCUAUUUUCACGGAUGCGUGGACGAACUCACCUGGUACCUAGAGGGCAAGACUGGCUGGUUGGCUGGCAUCGUGCUAGCUUCUUGCAUGGUUGCGGUAGUCAACGCUGUUAUGUCUCUGGUCCUAAUUCAAGCAGUAAAAAAGGAAGAAGAGGAAGUAUCAGCAUAUAAGAAUUAGUGCGUAAUUCCUACGUGUAUUAUCAAACGCACACGAUACGAGUAUUUUAAGUAACUUGUCAUACGCAGACGACGUGAAAUUACAUGACAACGGAAGGAACAAGCAAAGUGGAUGGCAACAUCAAUAAGUUUUUACUUUUACAUAGCUUUAUCAUAUUUUAGGAGCAUAUUAUGCUCGUGAAAACACAAAAUCUUAAAACCUAAGGCCCUUUAACAAGAGUUUAACUAUAUUAACGCAUUCACUGCCAGCAACCCGCCAGACGGGCGCCCGGGCGCUCAGUCCGUAGUCGCUUUUCGCUACAUACGCAUUUUCCCAUGUUAUCGGCUACGCUCGUAGCGCGUAGCACGCGCUGGCACUGAACGUGUUAAUGUAAAUCAGGCAGUCCCAUUAAGUAUGUAAUUUCAACAAGUAUGCGCCAAUAUCAUACUAUUCACCACCGUUUUAUGUUCUAGUUUCUAAGACUAUAAGAUUAACUUUCAUUAUAUUAUAAUUGGUAUAGAAAAUA